UUUCUCACUCCCCUCUCCUAAUCUCCACUACCACUAGAGGUAUACCUACCUACCUAUCGUUUCGUUUGGGUUUCGGCGGGGAUAAUAUAGAUUUUUAUUUUCCUUCCAAUCUAAUCUGAAUCCUUUGUCGUUUCAUAAUCUGUUGAUUUUGAAACAUGUUUAUAUUAACUUGAAGAGAAUAUUUGGUCCAUUGUUGUUUAUAUUAUUAUUUCAAAGUGGUUAUUUGUUUGUGCUCUUUAAAAUGAAUGUAUUUGUAUUCUUUCUUUCCUUAUUGGAAAUAAAAUUGCCGUAUUUUUCGUAUAAAUAGCAAUGUCGGAGCGGUUAACUUUUAUAACAAUGUUGUGAUUAAUAGUUUAAUAUCGAAUUAUCUGUUUGUUUUAUUAAAAGAGAAAAAAUAUGAGGUUCCACCGUAGAUGUGGUGAUAGAGUAACCCUCUUGAAUGACAAUUCCACUGCUAUACGGAAUUUUGUGGAGUUUAACCAUGGUCUAAUUUUGAGUGCAGAACCGCUUCAAGAUGAUAUUAUGUUUGAAGUUUGCAUUGAUAGAAAGGUAAAUGUUUGGAAUGGAUCGCUAGAAAUUGGUGUCACUACAUUAGACCCAGAAUUUAUGGAAUUACCAGCUACGGCUACAAAAUUACGUAAUACAGCAUGGAUAAUGUCAGGCAAUUCUAUUGUAAAAGAUGGUGUUACUUUGAUCAACUCUUAUGGCCCUGAAUUGGAUAGUCUUAGAGAAGGAGAUUGUCUGGGGGUGAUGCGAAACAAUAAGGCUGAGCUACUCUUCUAUGUUAAUGGGAGGUCACUUGGUAUAGCGGCCAAAGAUAUGCCUCCGAGAUUGUUCGCUGUGAUAGACCUGUAUGGGCAGUGUGUACAGGUGUCUAUCACACACAUCACAGGAAUGAGGCCUAUCAUGGAAACCAGCUUAGAUCAGAUUGAAGAAGAUCCUAACAAUGAUGACACAUUAACAUCAAGCGAAAUAGAAGUAGCUGGAUUGCCGCCUGAAAGUUCCAACUAUCCAAAACAAAGCAGAGGAGAAUUGUUUAUACCAAUUACUACGGAAGGCGCUUGUGCACUCGUUCCACAAGAUCGCCUACGAUUCCAUCCAAGAUGUGGCAUUCUAGUCAAGUUGUCUAACAACAACAAGUCAGCCGAAAGAGCUCGUCCUCUAGACGACUACAACAAUGGUGUGGUGAUGACGCAUCGGCCGCUGUACGACUGUGAGCUUUUUGAGAUUCGUAUCGACACACUCGUCGACAAGUGGAGCGGCAGUAUUGAGGUUGGUGUAACAACUCACAACCCAGCCACGAUUAGGUUUCCAUCAACAAUGACUAAUAUGGACUCUGGUACGAUUAUGAUGUCUGGUUGCAAAGUCCUACUGAACGGGCACGGCACUUGCAUGGAGUAUGGGAACUUCAAUCUUGAUGAACUUAGAGAAGGAGAUACGGUGGGCAUGAUGCGUAUGGCUAACGGCAAAUUGCAUUAUUUCAUCAACGGCAUCGACCAAGGUGUCGCCACCGAUAAAGUGGACCAACAAGUUUGGGGCGUCGUGGACUUGUACGGAAUGACUGUUAAGGUGUCCAUAGUAGACCCAGGUGAGGAUAUGGACAGUAAUAUCCAAUCAAUGCAUGCGCCCAUUGAAUCAAGUCCGCCUGAGGAACCGGCUCCAAGUGAGUAUAUAAUAUGUCGGUUUAGGCCCCAAAUAGACGAAGAGAGCCUUUUAUUUCAUUCGCUGCGUGAUUCGAAUGUUAUUAUUAUUAACGAUGGUAAGACUGCUCAUAGGCCUAAUGCUUUCGAAUUCUUCAACAACGGCAUCGUAAUGACCAACCGUACUUUGCGGACGGGCGAGUUGUUCCAAGUACGACUCGACCUCGUCAUCCCCAAGUGGGCCGGAAGCAUAGAAAUCGGGGUCACGCAGAACUCUUCGAAUGACAUACAAUUACCAUACAAAAUGAGCAACGCUAAAUCCGGCACUUGGGCCAUGACCGGAGAAGACAUCAUUAGGGAUGGGACCAUCAUCAUCCCGCAAUACGUGAGAAAUUUGAACAGACUUGUGGAAGGAGACACAGUGGGAGUGAUGCGUAAAGAUAUGGGAAUAUUACACUUCUUUGUGAAUGGGAUCGACCAAGGGCCUGCUGCUUUUAACAUUCCAGAGCAUGUGUUUGGUAUCAUAGACCUGUACGGGCGCGUGGCGCAGGCGACCAUAGUGGACUGCUAUAUGCCGCCUCCCGUAUACUCCCCGGAGUCACCAUUGUCUACCGAGUCAAAUGCGACCAUUUAUCCAGAAAUGUGUUUCCAUCGUGUUCACGGGCGUAACGCGCGUUUGAGCCGCAACCGUCUGACGGCGUCACGCGCCACCGUGUACUCUGAGUUCAACGACGCGGUGCUGUUCAGCUCGCGGCCUCUGCGCGAGUGUGACAUGUUCGAACUGCGCAUAGACAAGAUGGUGGACUGCUGGAUCGGGAGCCUCGAAAUUGGGGUCACAGCCAUUCGCCCCGAAGAUUUGGAAGCGAACGGUGGCGUAGGCGCAGUUGCUGGCACCGCCACGGAUCUGAACUGGGACACGUACAUCCUCAGCGGGGCGGCCAUGAUGAAAGAUGGCGAAUGCGUGCGCAGCGGGUAUCCGCUCGACCUCGAUACUCUCACUGUGGGUAGCCGUGUAGGAAUGAUGUGGCAUGCUGACCGCAGCCUUCACUACUAUUUGGAUGGCAUGGACAUGGGGAAGGCUUGGUACGUCCCGCAUCUAAACAUAUACGCUGUGGUGGAUCUUUAUGGACAGUGUACUCAGGUGACCAUACUACAGAAUGAGGAGAGGAAUUUUAAUUACAACGGCUGCACCAAUUCUGAUAACUCGUUGUUGCCUAACCCAAGACCUAUAAAUUCGCCACCACCUCCCUAUUGGAGUUUCUCGGAAUAUGUGGGAGACAACGUGAUCCUGUUGCACGACUACACGGUGGCCAGGAGGCCGCUGCGCGACCCCGCCGGCGGUCUGGUUUUCAGCUCCACACACCUCGCCGUUGGGGAAAUCUUCGAGAUAAAGAUACUGGAUAGCAAGGACGGAUACGGAUACUCGGGGAGUUUCAAAAUGGGAGUGACAGACGUGAACAUUUUAAACGCGCACGUCAACCGCUGCCUUCCCCCGUCCCUGAAGUAUCUUCCACACUUCACUACCUACGUUGAAGGCAAAUAUAUUAAGUCAUCUCGUCCCGGUACCCGGCAAAAAUUUAUCCAAUCGUUUGCGCCUACCUUCGAGUUUCUACGUCCUGGAGACCGCGUCGGCCUGAAGAAGACCCACGAUGGCAGAGUACUCAUUUACUACAACUCUGAAGUACUCGACAUUUGCUUCAAAAAAGUACCAGAUAAAGUUUACGUCAUAAUGGAGAUGUUCGGGCCGGUGGCUAAAAUACAAACAGUUUCCAGAGGACCUAACAUUGCCGCCGCCCUUGCCACUACUAUUCCCAACGACGACUGUACCAAACAGCUGAAUACGGAAAACAACAAAAAUUGUGACGAAAACGGGGGUGGUAGUAAUGAAGACGUCUUUCCCAACCUUGACGACGACAUCCCCCAAGCUGUGGUCACCACAGAAACUGUCAGCGUGCCGAUAGAAAGUACUUCAACUGUAUCUCUAGUCACGACAGAGUCCCGCCGCCGCCGUCAUCCGUUGCCGUACACUUUUCAUUAUUUGCAUGGGAAGAACAUCAAGCUUUGUAGUUCAGAUACCGUAGCAGUGCGGACUUCCGGAUACAACGACGCCAUUGCAAUAGUCAGCCAGCCGCUGAGGAAGGGACAUAAUUUCAGGUUCCGCGUGGACAAAGUGACGGAGGAGUGGAGCGGCAGCGUGACGUUGGGCGCAGUGGGCUCCCUUCCUAAUGAAGCGCUGCCGUCCACCGCUAUCAACAUUGAGGGCCCCGCUUGGCUCAUCUCCAUGGACAUGGCCUACGACAGCGGGGUUCUCUACGUAAGCUCGCUGGGUGCAGUGUUUGAGACGCUGUCGGAGCAGCAAGUCCUGUCCCUGCAUUACCGCUUCAACGGCGACCUGCUGCUAGACAUCGACGGCACCGUGCACGGCGUCAUCGCCAACAUCCCCCGCACCUACAGCCAUGUCUACCCACUCAUCGACCUCUAUGGACGAGUGCAGCAGGUAUCGGUCUUACUUCACCCGUACAUCGUGGUCAGCGGCGCUUCUCUCGACCUUCCAAUCAUCGCGGAGAAUCUGGGCGAGGAGUCCCUCGCCGAGCUCGACGACGAUGAGCCCCCCACGUCUUCCCCAGAACAACCACAUGACUUCCGUGUCAGACGCAAAACCAAAGCCCACAGCCAAGAAAAUCUUUUCGAAGAAGUUUUAGAACCGAUUUUAUUUGAACCGGGCCCCAGCGCUAAUCCAGAUCCACCACCACAAUUUACUGAAACACCUGAAUCCAUAUGCCGAAAAGUCGUCCCACACCAUUUAGCACUUCAUCACAGUUUAAUCCUAACUGAUAAGCGAGACAAGCCGAUAGACAACAACGAUAUGGUUAAUCGAUGCAUACAAAAAAGUCACUCUACGCAUAACUUCACAAUUGUAGGGGACAACCUUCUAGACACCGAGAUAAGAGAGGCCCUGCAACAUACCUUGAGUCUGGGGUCGCAGUUGGCUGAAGAUGAAGACGACGAAAUCGUCCAAGAGCAAUUCUGUGAUACAAAUAUUCGUCACAACGAUCGGUACCCUGAGGCUAACGACGUGGAUAACUUGGACAAUGAAAUCAUGGAUGCAUUGACUUUGGAGACAGGAAACCUGCCAGAUUUGACCGAGGAACAGUCGUCGUCUAUCGACGAAUCGACACGUCGGGAUGAUUAUUGGUCGGAAUCUUUAUCAGUGGAGAAUUUGAAUUACUUGAAUCGCAUUUUGUGUUUGGAUCAGGAGGGUGUGGAAGGGCAGAGCUUGGAGUCGGAGUGGGAGGCUUCGGGGGAGGGUUGCGAGCACUUGCACCUAGUGCUGAAGUAUUGGAACUUCCUUGUGUUGCCGUAUCCGGAACUAAGACAGGCUGUAUCGUGGGGACAAGUCCGCUGUUAUUGUUUUAACUGUCAACCUGAUGCGCAACCGCCUCUUGCUGGCUGGGUGCGCAUCGAGCGCAUAGACGGCGUGGGCGCAGCUCAGCGCGCGUUCUGGCAUGUGGUGCGCUCGACGCUGGGCUCGCGGCAGGCCGCCGACGGCACCGCGGUGCGACGCCCAAGGUCCCUCGCGCCCGCGCCCAGCACAGAGCCCGUCUUCGAUAUUUGGUUCGAUGAGGAAGGCAAACCUCAUCACACCGUGUUAGCCAUAGAGAUUGAUGUCGAAGGGUCCGACGCUGAGAAUGACCGCUUGUUGGCUUUUCUGAUAUAUUUGAAGUCGCACGUGGUCUUCGCGGAAGACAGCCCACCGAGCUUGGAGGAAUAAGUAUCCUGAACAAUUAUUAUAUAAUUUAUCUACCUGACCAGAUGGCAAGCAAGACUGCUAAUCCGAAUAUAUUGUAGAGUUAUUAGGGAAUGAGCUACGCGUGUUUUUGGUGCUGCUAUGGAGCUGUUUUCGUAGUAAAUUGGGGACGUUUUAUAACAGUUUUACCAAUGAAUAGGUCAGUUGACCGUUCAAGUAAAUGUUAUUGUAAAUAAUAUUAAAAACUAACCUGACAAAUUUGACAUUGUUUUGAAUGAAAAUGUAUGGAUGGCUAUUUACCAAUAAAUAAAUCCAUAUCAGAUUUUCUUAAGAAAUCGGUUUCCUAUUCUAUUGCUGUGAGGUCUGGUCAGGCUGCACGUCGUUAUUAUAUAUAUGCUAAAAGGCACAAAAUGGUUGUCAUAAUAUCCUCUUAUAGUAUUUUUUAUUUAAUAUAACAAAUAUCACUACAGUGGAUAUUCUGAUACUGGUUAUGUGAUGCUCUGUUAGAGUUUUAGCACUUAUUUUGUGAUCUCAAAUAUUUUACUGGUGUAUUGGUUGAGGUUUUUUUACAUUGUAUUUUAGAGUGAGUUCCAUUGUAUAUAUAUUAUUUUCGUGAACUAGGUAUAAAACGAAAAAGGAAACUAUUACUGAUGUCGUAUUUAUUGUAGAAAAAUAAUAUUGAAAAAACAUAUUUAAAAAUUACGAUGUUUACGCUGCAAGCGAUUAGUUGUGGACUUGUGUUAUGGCACUUGUUCACAUAGAUGUAAUAUUUAUGGAAACGUCAUUUUGACAUUAACUCUCUUGAGUGUCAAUAAAAUGAACAAUAAGUGAGGGCGAUUGUUCACACUUGUUUCCCAUAUUAUGUUACAAAAAUUCAUAUUAAAUGUUUUUUUUUGUUAGACUGAUCAUCCGUAAGCCUGUCGUUGAUUGAUUGAACAUCAAAUUUAAAUAUCAGAUUGAUAAGCCGUAAAUAUAUCUCUGCAAUCACACACGUAGCGGAUCACUUACGAUUAUAUUAGUCGAUUCUAGUCAGGGCUGAACACAAUUUGGUUCAAGAGCACUCGUAAAUCUUGAAAAUAAAACGUACAUUCAAUUAUGCAGCUGUGUUUGUAGUUAUCGUGCGUACGAGUGCGAGAUUCAGUUCUCUUGAUUGUCUGUGAGAGAAGGAUUCAUUUAGGCCCACUUUCAUGUCUUACCGGGGUUCAUAAUAUAUGAUGAACAUAAGACGAUGUUGCAUCUGUUUGUCUGUAUGAACGCGAUAAACUCAAAAACUUGAUUGACAGAUUUUUAUGCGGUUUUCACCUAUAGAUAGUGUGUUUUCUGAGGAAAGUUUAAAUAUAUAUUUUAUUUUACCCGAGUGAAGCUAAUGGGCGGCUAGUACGGUAUUUCAUUUAUAUAUAGUACAUCUAGCUCUACGAGGGCGUCGCUACUGUUGAAUAAAUCUGAGAAUACAUUAAUGUCUAAAAUAUGUCAAAUUUUGAUCACUGGGUAAAUUUUUUGUGCCCCAGAGAUAUUAAUUCUCAUCCAAUCGUACUUGCCUUUGCUUUUGACAAUCCUAAUGAUAAAUUUAUUCAAUCUAUGGAAAAUCUGGAGAAUAUCAAAUUUAAAAUUAUAGGAUCGUCAGAGAACAUAUAUACGCAAAGAAGAAAUUUGAAGUAUUUGUUAUUAUUAGUAUUCAAAUAUAAUAUAUUGUACGUCUUGGUAUUAGUAACUAUAAAUUAAUAAUGUGUGGGAUAAAUGCGUUUUCAUUUAGGCUGAGGUCUCUCUGGGUGCAUAUCCGGGGUGUAGAUUAAAACCUUAGAAAAUGAGACCGCCAAAGUUUUACUGUAUAAAAUCAACCCGCGCGAUCACGGCCCGAGUGGCUGUGGCGCCUCUAAGUAACCUUCACAUCAAUAUUAAUAAGGUUCAGCUCUGAUUGUAAAACUGGCCGCCACCUGACGUCGACACUCCUUGGGCUUCUGUUGUUGUCUAUAAUUCGCCAAAGACUUUUAUCCCCUAGUCACCUCCCACAUCAUCCACGGAAGCAUCCGCCAUAGAAUAAAACUAUUAAGUUUUAUUCUAUGGAGGAAAGAAAUUACACACCUCACAAUGUGUAAUUUCUUUCCUUCUUCUGUUCCUUAACAUAAAAGUCCAAUGUGAACCGGGUUCUAUACAGCACCAAAUCCGAAUUUAUUUCUAUUACAUCUUUCGCUUAGAACACUUGUGAUCAGCUCUGCCCAAUACACUUAUCUUAGAAAAUAGAUUUAUGAAUCAAUACUCGUUGAUAUCAUACAUAUGGAAUAUACGUAGUAACUCUGAUAUUCUCUAUAAUAAUCAUUUCUGAAUGUAUACAUUUAUAGUGAAUCAGUGUUGUUUAUAUCGAAUGUAAAGGUUGUACUACACCAGAUGUUAAUCAAUUGUAACCUAUUGCCUGUUUUGAUUUUCUCGACUGAUUUAUUACCUCGAAUAAGUUGAUAUUAUUUUAUAGGAGCAAUGUUCCAUGAUGUGGUAAUUUACUCAUUGUGUAUUAUUUUGAAGAGAAAUAAACAAUUAAAUUCGAUGUCUA